GGAUUGCGCACGUAGCAGCCGCAUGUCGUCUUCAACCGCGCAGCCUAGGAAAUGAGUUUGAACUUCGCGUGACACGCACGUGUUUGAUUUCUGCCAAUAGCGAACGUCGUAGCACCGCAGAACAACGCGUUCAUCAACAGGCGCGGGUUAGCAACGGAUUGCCCAUUUGGUGUCUAUCAGCCCAUCAGCCCGCUGUCCGAGCAGUCCGAGUAGUCGCUUGGAAACCAAACGCAGGAUAUAGCAACGUGUUCCGACUUCUCCUCGCAUUGAUUUAACAAUCGUAGCCAUGAAGAUCGAGGAAGUGAAGAGCACCGCUAAAACUCAAAGAAUUUCCGCGCAUACACACAUCAAAGGAUUAGGCCUCGAUGAAAACGGCACGGCGAUACAAAACGCGGCCGGUCUCGUUGGUCAGGAACUUGCGCGUGAGGCUGCAGGUAUUGUAGUUGAUAUGGUAAAAUCAAAAAGAAUGGCAGGUCGAGCUGUGUUGCUGGCUGGUCCACCAGGCACAGGCAAAACUGCGAUAGCUCUCGCUAUCGCUCAAGAACUUGGUAAUAAAGUACCUUUUUGUCCUAUGGUGGGUUCAGAGGUUUAUAGUUCAGAAAUAAAGAAGACAGAGGUUCUUAUGGAGAAUUUCAGAAGAGCCAUCGGUUUAAGAAUCAAAGAAACUAAGGAAGUUUACGAGGGUGAAGUCACAGAAUUAACACCUGUGGAAACAGAAAAUCCUAUGGGCGGUUAUGGCAAAACAGUGUCACACGUGGUUCUUGGAUUGAAGACCUCCAAAGGCACAAAACAGUUAAAAUUGGAUCCUUCUAUAUACGAGUCUUUGCAAAAAGAAAAGGUGGAAACUGGCGAUGUUAUUUAUAUCGAAGCCAACAGUGGAGCGGUAAAGCGACAAGGUAGAAGCGAUAAUUUCGCUACGGAAUUUGAUUUGGAGGCCGAGGAAUAUGUUCCUUUACCGAAGGGCGAUGUACACAAGAAGAAAGAAGUCAUUCAAGACGUGACUCUGCACGAUUUAGAUGUUGCUAAUGCCAAACCACAAGGUGGCCAAGACAUAAUGUCCAUGAUGGGACAAUUAAUGAAACCUAAAAAGACGGAAAUAACAGAUAAACUACGAAAAGAGAUAAAUAAAGCAGUAAACAAAUACAUUGAUCAAGGUAUAGCCGAAUUAGUACCUGGAGUAUUAUUUAUAGAUGAAGUUCACAUGUUAGACAUUGAGACAUUUACCUAUCUGCAUCGUGCGCUGGAGAGCGCAAUAGCUCCGAUUGUUAUCUUCGCCACAAAUCGCGGUCGGUGUGUGAUCAGAGGAACAGAAGACAUUGUAUCUCCACACGGAAUACCUCUCGAUUUGUUGGACCGUCUGCUGAUCAUAAGGACGCUUCCAUAUUCCAGACAGGAAAUCGAACAGAUAGUGAAACUAAGAGCAGUCACGGAAGGAUUGCAAAUCGAAGACGAGGCUCUCUCUGUUCUCGGGGACCUUGGUACAAAAACAACUCUGCGAUAUGUGGUGCAACUUCUGACACCUGCAGCUUUGACGGCAAAGAUCAACGAAAGAACCAGCAUAAAAAAAGAAGAUAUUGAAGAAGCAAACACACUCUUCUUAGACGCCAAAUCAUCUGCCAAGAUACUUACGCAAAAUCAAGAUAAGUUUAUGAAAUAAAAAAAUUAGAUCUUACGAUUGUUGCUUUGUUUCCCUAAUUUAAUUACCUUAUCAAGUAUUUUUACAUAUUUCUUAAAAUAUGUAGUUCUGAUUGUUUAAUUUGACUUAUUUAUGUUUUAGUUAGGUUAGGUAAAUAAUUCUGACAUUGUAUAUAAUAUAUAGCGUGUAAGCAAAUUACAUAUUAUUGAUGAAAGAAAA